AAUGCCUUCAAAAUGCUUUAUGUGAGGUACCACGAUUACUCCACCAGAAAAAGCACGAAGUCCAGAACGUAACCCAAGUUGAAGUAAAAGUGAGGUUAAAAAGAUUCGGCGCGAUGGUCUAUUGCGAAGAGCGAACCUGUUGUUGGUUUGUCCACGAGAGAGUCCCCGUUAAGAGCACCGUUCUGUACAUGUGUGCGCGAGCGGUCACAAUCGGUUUUCGUCGCAGCAUUCUUCAGGUCACUUGUUGUUUAUUCAGAUUUCGGUGUAAUUGCUAGCUGAAAAAGCAUCAGUUUUAUGCUGUGCGGCUUCGAUUCGAGAUUAGUUGUUUUGUUGUUAGCAGCGCAAUUAAAUCUUUCGUGAUGGCACCCAUUAAUGUGCUGAUAAGUUCUGUGUUGUUUUUAAUAAUUCACAGCAAUGAAUUCGCCAAUGGAUCGAGUUCAAGCGAUAUUACGGAAAAUGCUGUAAAGCCUUGCAAAAGAACCGACAGACAGAUAAAUUACAGCCUGCAGCCCAAUCUAGCCAUGAACAUAGCUAAUAAUAUUGCCAAUAACAUUGCCACUAUAGCAAAAAAUGUCAAUACACAAAUUCAAUCAAACUUUGAUCAACUGUCAAAGCUCUCUGGAGGUCCAUACGGAUACGGAUAUAGAUACACACAUGGUUUUCCUGUACAAACGUCCUACGUAUAUUCAUUACCACCGUUUUAUGGAGGCACUUAUUAUCAUCAUCAUCAUGGACAUACGCACAACCACGGUCAUCAUUAUGAACCAGCGAAUAAUAACCAGUACAACCCCCCACCAGGAGUCCCACCGCAAAACCCUAACCAACCGCAAGAUCCUUUAUUUGAUUCGUCCCACCAAAAACCAAAUAAGCCUGUGAGUCCAGAUGUAGCAACAACUCCAAAAACUGUCCCAACCUCAGUUCCAGAGAUUCCUAAGCUACCACAGCCUCAUGUUCCUGCACCCCCUCUACCACCAGUUCCCGCUGCACCGCCAGUUGUCAUUCCGUCAUCCACCACUACUAUGUCACUUCCGAUGAUAACAACAUCUCCGACCGAAAAUCUCGACGACGUCACAUACGCUGUUGACAUCCGCGGAGAGUUCAAAGAUAGUGCGACAUCACGAAGACGCCGUCGAAUAUUGCCAAAUCUGAUCAGUUCAAGCGAAAACCUUGUCCAAGCUGGAGUAAAAUUUGCACAUCCCACUAACUACAAGCAGCAAAAUCGAGAACAGCGACUGGUUCCACGUCUUCUUUCAGCCAGUUCGCAAGUUUCAACAGGGGUGGAGGAGUAGCUAGCGUCGUCGUCCUCGUCGAGCUUUCGCCAUUCAAGUCUUUCGCGAACUCGUGUCAACAGCUAAAAGGUUAAAUGAGGGGAUAACAGAGAAAUUGAAUGUUGGCUAUAUAUGAAAUAAAACACAAUAAAAUAUGCUAUUAAGACAAAUGUAAUAUUUCUUUAUCAAAUCAUCAAAAAAUGGCUCAAACCCCAUUAAUCGUAUAUAAUUUUUUUGAAGGUUAGAGGUUGCAGCCUUAGUCGGUUAAUUUUAAGGCGACAUCUAUUUCCAGGGGAAUUACAAAAGAAGAGAAAAAAAUCGAUGUACCGCAAGAAUUGUCCCCUUAUGUUAUCAGUU